AUGCCCCAUGGACUCAUUCCGGCCUCACAGACACCAUCCAUCCCCACUCCUGUCAUACUCGGGGUUGUCGCGUCGAAGGUUGCGUUUUGGAAGGCAACUUUCCUCUCCCUUCUUUCAUUGUUCAUUCGUUUGGCCUCUGCGCCCGUAUAUUUCGUAGAUAUGGGAAUUCCGCUAUGGCGCGAGCCAACAGAGGCAGAGACUGCCAAGUCCGCUCCAGACGAAGACUCUUCGGCGGCUGCGCGGUCCUCUAUUCGUCGUCAGUCUGCGAUUCGCAGGCCGCGCCACCCGAACGCUCGCGCGCGUGGCGCCAACGUUCUUUCUUCCUUCCACUCCCAAAUUCUCGAUGAGAUCCAACGAGGCAUUAGCGAACCACAAUCGGGAGUGCGCUCGCCUGUGAUGAACUUCGGCGUUAGCGAAGACGGUGUUGAUCUCGACGCUAGUCGCCGUGAGGCUCUUGGUCGCACCACUACGCGUCCAUCCACCCACCGUCCAGAUUUCUCCAGUCGACGUGCCCGGAAUACCACUCGCGAUCAAGCUCUGUUCGACAUACUCAGGGACCCACCGCCCCGUUCUCAAAGCUAUUCCAGUCCCUCUCUGACCCCAAACUUUGCUCCUGCGGCCGCAAGCCACUCCGCAUCCUCUCCGCAACCGCCCGAGGUGCUACGCAUUCGCGGAAGCGAUAUUGUUCCAUCCAUAUACGCCGAAAAUAAGGAGCCGUGA